UUCCUCAUAAGAAAAAAAUAGUUCAUCUGUCCAGACGUGUUAAAGUAUCGUGUUGAAAUCAGGCAAAAAGUGGCGUAUUCCGAGUGCUUUCGUGCAAUUGCAGAUAGUUGUUUGCAUUGCCCGGCCGUUUAACUUAGUUAUUGCAGCGCAAACGGCGUUUGAGACGCGCGAAUUGAAGUCAAAAGUGGCAGUUCUCGGAGGCCAAAGUAGCAGGGGCUGAAAUAGCAAAAUUCAAAGGUAAGUUCAGGUAAAAAAUCAAAGGCCACCUUUAGCGAAAGAUCGUGAGAGGGAGUACCAUGUCGGAGGCCAUGAGUGCCCCGCCGCCCCUGAUUCCGCAGCUGCAGGAGAUGCAGCAGCAGCAACAGCAGCAGCAGGGCGGUAAUGCCGGGAAUCUCGGCCAGCAGUGGAGCAACUACGCCUGGUACGCCAACCAAAAUGCCGCCUACCAGCAGCAGUAUCAGCAGUACUACCAGUACUACAUGCGCUACCAGCAGCAGCAGCAACAGCAGGUAACCUCGACGGUCAGUGCGUCGAAUGCGCCGCCGGGCUUUAGCAAUGCGCUGGCGGUACCACCGCCCCUUCCUUCGGGACCGCCACCCCCUCCGCCGCCUAAAAUUGGCCAAACAGCGGCCCAAAACAAGCAGCAGCAACAACAACAGCAACAGCAGAAGAAUUUCGGGGGAAUACGUUUCAAUUUAAAUUUAAACCAAAAGCGUUUGGCUGGAGCGCCCAAUCCCCUUCAACAACAGCAGCAACAGCACCAGCAACAACUUCAGCAGCAGCAACAGGUCAUGCAGAUGUACAAUAACAACAUCAACAACAACAGCAAUAGCAACAACAAGAAGCGCAAGCGAAACAAGAACAAGAACUUUGAUCAAUCGGCAUACACCAAUCCGUUUACCAAUCAAGCCCAAACAACACCCAUAGCACCACCGCCGCCAAUCAUUAGCGCCAGCGAUGUGGGCGUGCCGAUUACGCCGGAUUUAAGCAAACCACCGCCACCGUUGCCACUAGCCAUAGUGGCCCCCACAGAGAAUCCCCAAAAGCAAAAUCAUCAACAACAACAGCAGCAGCAGCAACACACCGCUUCCCCCGCUUCUUCCGCUCCACCACAAGCAUCUACAUUUAAGCGACCCAACAGCUUUCAAAUGGCCUCCAACGAUUCCUGGCCGGACGCCCUCAAUCAAUACGUGGCCCGUUGCUACUCAAAGUGCAACACAGACCUCGACAAGGAUCAGAUUGACAUAUGCCUGAAGGGCAAGAUUAUUGCGGCAGCCAAUCGCAAUGAGCUGUGGACGCGGGACUGGGACAACGAGCCCAUGCCCACGGUGCACAGCGAGCGGGACGGCAUCGAUGUGGUGCUAAGCAAUGUGACGCCCCCGCAGCCGCAGCGAAGCAACUACUUCCAGAAAAAGCUGGAGCAGGAGAGGGAGCGGGAGAGAGACCGCGAGCCGGAUAAGGCGCAAAACAAGGCCUCCUCGGGUAUAGUGAAUCAGUUCAAGCAGAAGGUCAAUCAGUUUAACAAGUCGUCGUCCGGCUACGGUUCCCAUCAUCACUCUUCGUCAUCGAGAUACUCCAGGAGUCGUUCGCGCUCGCCGUCAUCGUCAAACUCGUUGAAGUACUCGAGCAAAAAACGGUACUCGCGAUCGCGCUCCCGUUCGCGUUCCCGCUCGCGGUCUUCCCGCUCCCGAUCGUGCUCCCGCAGUAGCGAUGCCAGCAGUCCCCCGGCGCGUAAGGUUAUCCGCAAAUCGGUCUCCAACGAAUCCCUGAAUUUUAUACCACUAACCGCGAACUUAUCUCGGAAGCAGCAGAAAAUGCUGAUGAAGAAGGGCAAACGCGCGGCGGCAGCUGCAGCAGCAGCCGCUGGCUUCGGUCAGGCAAAAAAGAAGCCGCACUUCUACUCCAACCAGUCGUCCGUUGGCGGAGCUGUUGAUGAUGACACAGCGCGCUUGCAACAGCGUGCGGCACGAUUUUCGCAGCAGGGCUCCAGCUCGGCCAAGAAAUCUGUCGUCGCCAUUGCAAGCUCACCGUUUGGUCUCACCACGGCCAAGAACAAGAAAAAAAUGAUGCAGCAGCAGCACCAUCGUUCUGCCUUCUACGAGGACACAGACGCGGCUGGCGGCUUAGAUCUUCUCGAUUUGCAUAUUGUAGGAACUUGUAGGGAUCUAGAAAAAUCGUUUUUGCGCCUCACCAAGGCGCCGUCACCGUCGGAGGUGCGACCUGUCGAAGUGCUCACCCAUUCCCUGGUUAAUGUAAAAGAAAAAUGGCGUGCUAAUCAGGAUUAUCACUAUGCGUGUGAUCAGCUGAAGUCAAUUAGGCAGGAUCUGACUGUCCAGGGUAUUCGCGAUCAGUUUACAGUGGAGGUGUAUGAGACGCACGCUCGUAUUGCAAUGGAAAAGGGUGACCACGAGGAGUUCAACCAAUGCCAGACCCAACUGAAGAUGCUGUACAUGGAGAUAGAGGGCAAGAGUGCCAAUGCCUUGGAAUUUACAGCUUACCGCAUACUCUACUAUAUUUUCACAAAGAAUACCUUGGACAUAACCACUGUCCUGCGUUCCAUUACGGCUGAUCAACGCGAGAAUCCUGCCAUCGCACACGCCCUACAGUUUCGUUCUGCGUGGUCGCUGGGGAACUACUGCAAAUUGUUUUCCCUGUAUAAGUCGGCGCCUCUUAUGUCCGGUCACAUGAUUGAGUGGUUCCUGGAGAGAGAGCGCAAGGCUGCUUUGCGUGUCAUUAUUAAAUCCUAUCGUCCCAACAUUAGUGUUGACUAUAUAACCAAUAUUCUGGCCUUUGAGAGCUCUGAAAAAUGCAAAGAAUGGCUAGACACCUUCAGUUUGCCGUAUGCUGCCAAUGGAGCGCAAGUCGAUUGUAAAAACGCAGCUGCCAUUGCCAUUUGAGGCAACUUUCACACAAGGCAGAUUACCUGCUGAGAAGCACUAUUCGAUUUUGUACCUGAUUUCCGAUUCGUUCGGAUUUUAGUGUCCUUUGUCGGACUUUGGAUGGAAUUCCCCUGGCCCGCUUUAACAUACUAUGUACAUAUUUUGUAGAUCGCGAUUCCCUUUCGUUAUGCAGUUAGGACCUUCUUUACUCUCUUUCUCAAGUUUUAAAUUUUCUUUGAGUGAGAGCCUGAGAUUUCUUCGCUUUUUUAGGACCUUUAAAAUUUACACAUCUUCGUAGGGUAAAAUACUUUGAAGGAAAAAAGUUCAUCAAUAGAAAACGUACAACAAACAUCACAGGAAACAUAAAUCUGCUCUACAUUAAUUUCUGAACUGCAAUUCAAACUACUGCUAUAUGUAGUUGAAGGAAUGCCUGUAUGAGGCUGGCACUGGAGUCGAUGGAUGAAUACAUAAGGAUUUGAGAAGGCUUGAACUAUCGACGAUAAUACCAUACCGCGGAUCACAGAUUUCACUACGAACACUGGAGUUACUACAAUAUCUUCGUUUACGUCAUGGAUGCGGCUACGGAUACUGAUUUUAACAACAGCAAAAUCGGAAAACAUCUAUAUUAUAAUUCGGUUGGCUGCGGUUCAGGAAUAUUUUCAAGUUUUAUUGACUUAUUCCUUCACUGCCUUUGAGGUCACAAUUUUCGGAACAUUUUCAUACCAACAACGUGGGUCUGCAUUACUUUUUCUACUUUUUUAAAAACAACAAAAUCCAAGAUCGAACCAGAUCAUCUACCCAAACUCGCCUAAGUUCUACAAAAUUAUCCUAAAAUCAAAAGUGCGUGACCCCUAAUGAACAUAAAGAAAUUGAGAACUGAUGUGAAUCAACUGCAAAUGAGGGUACAUACCUCUUGAAAACAACUCUACUAAACUUGAACUCUAGCAAAACUAACAUGAAAUUAUACAAACGCAGACAAACAGAAACAGAUGCAAUCGCCGAAAUCCGAGAGUCCAAAAGCUUGGCGCUGAGGGAUCAUCUUUGUUUCGUUGUUAUUAUUUUACUCAUUUUACCGCCCUCUGAUCACUUCAUUUUUAAACUAGUUUUAAGGUUUAGGCUUAGUGAUUGUUGUCUUAUUUAAAUUAUUGCAAAGGAUUAUACUAAUGUUCUGUCUCUCUAUUGUAUACCUGUAUAUAUACAUCCAUCCAAUCCACCACCAAGAACUACAAGAACGAGCCUGCAUGUACGUUUCUCGGAUGUUCAAGUCAACGUUUCGGAAAAUGGCAAAGUCAACCUGGUCUUCCCCGUCGCCACUAAUCAUCGGUGAAAUGGCAGUCAAAAGUCAUCAAAUAUUCUCGACAUUUGUAAGCUCUUCCAAUUUUAAUUCGUCUUACUAAAAAUGAUUGUAUACAAAUUUUGAGUAUAUGGGGUAGCACAUAAGCAAUUGGUCAUAAUCCUAUGUUCAGUGGAUACUUUUUUAAGGGGGAGUUUCACAAGAAACCUAACUCUUCUUUAUUAUACAGUAAUUAUACAAUAGACUAGGAUUGUAGGUAUAGGCUAAGUUUACCUGUUAUAUUUAUUUUUAAUUUUUUGAAUGUUGGAAAAUGAUGAAAAAAUCCAAGAUUUCAAAUGCUUCUACCAAUAUUUAUGCAAAACUUGGGAGCCCGUUUGCAUAAAAAGUGAGAGUUACAAUUCCGCUUUAACAAUAAACAAACAAAACGUA